AUGAAAAAACUCAGUGAUAAUGGUCAAUUUAAAAAAGCUAUUGACCUAUAUGAAGAUCAAGUUAAGAAAGAUAAAAACCAAAAUACUAGUUUAGCUGUGAAUCAAGCUUUAAAAUCAUGUAUUGACCUUGAUGAUAUAAAACGUGGCAAAUAUAUUCACGAAAAUCUAUCUUCUACAAGGAAGAAAAAUCCAUUUAUUCAAGCGAAUCUAAUUCGUCUAUAUAUGAAAUGUGGUGACUAUGAAAAAAGUAAACAAAUCUUUAUCGAUAGUAAUAAUAAAACAACAAACAUGCUUAAUAAUAUUCUCAAAGGUCUUGCCGAUAAUAGUCGUCAUGAAGAAGCAUUGAAUCUUUUUAAAGAAAUCGAUAUUAAAACAGAUGAAUAUACUUUCAGUAUUUUAUUUAAAAUUUGUUCGGACCUCGGUGAUCAACGUUCGUUAGAAUUUGGACAAUUAAUUCUUGACAGAAUGCCUAAAGAGUUUCAUAAGAAUAUCGUGAUAAUAACCGCUGCUUUACAAAUGUUUAUUAAGUGUGGUGAUAUUUCCAAAGCCGAAGAAUUAUUUAAUGCAAUAGAGAACAAAAAUUUAUUUACUUUUAGUACAAUGAUGAAUGGUUUUAUUUUAAACAAACAAGAACAACGAGCUAUUGAUCUUUUCUUUCAAAUAAAAAAACCGUCCAAAGCUAUUUUACGUAUAUUUUUUAAUGCUUGUGCUCAAUUACAAACUGAAAAUGCAUUGACUGUGGGUAAAAACGUAUUUGAUCAAUUAGCUAUUGAUUCAAAUGAAUCAAAAGAUGUAUUAAAUAUGGCUUUAAAUAUGUUUAUUAAAUGUGGUGAUCUUAAAAGUGCUGAAUGUUUAUUUAAUCGAAUUGAUCGAACUAUUAUUUGUUAUGGAUCAAUGAUGAAACUUUAUAACAUUAAAGAUCAACCGGAGAAAACGUUGGAAUUAUUUCAAAGAAUGAAACAGGAAAGUUUAAUUCCAGAUGAAAUUUGUUAUGUGCUACUCAUUGAUGCAUUGUCAAAAAUUGGUGAUCUUUCACUAGGUCAAUCAUUUCUUUGUGGAAUGCCAAAGCAUUUCUUAAGCAAUUCAUGGAUUCAAGUUGCAUUGAUUGAUAUAUCGGGUAAAGUUGGUUCACCAGAUAAAAGUAAAGAAAUAUUUGACAUGAUUGAACAUCCAGACAGAGUUGCUUUUGGAGCUAUGAUAAAUGCGUAUGGUUUGAAUGGAAUGGGUUUGGAAGCAAUUGAAUCAUUUAAUAGAAUUCCAUCGAAUAUGCUAGAUAAUGUUAUUUAUAUAUGUGCAUUAAAUGCUUGCUCUCAUUCGGCUCUUAUUGGUCAAGCUUGGGAGAUCUUCGAAAAAAUUCCAUUGAAUCAGAGAACAGAACAAAUUUAUACAACAAUGGUUGAUACAAUUAGUAGGGUUUCUCUUUUUGAUCAAGCACUGGAAUUAAUUGAUGAAUAUGAACAAUCUCAUAAUCCUUCCAUUCCAAUGUACAUGUCAAUACUUUCAUCUGCUCGAAAUGCAAAGAAUGUUUCAUUGUCAGAAAAAGUUUUUCAUUGUAUUGAAUCUAAUUUUCCAAAUAAUGAAAGUUAUCUCACAUCGGCUCGAAUUCUUCUUGCUAAUGCAUAUAGUUUAAGCGGAAAUAAAUUGACGUCAUCCAAUGUUCGAGUGAAAGUAAAUCAAUCAAGUGAGAAAAAGGUUGCUGGUUGUUCAUGGACGGUUGUUAAUGGAAAAAGAUUUCGAGCUCAUGAAAAAUCAAAUCCAUAUUCGUCUCAAAUUUUUAAAGAAUCAACUCGCUUAAUAGAUCGACUAAUCAAGCAUGGUUAUAAACCAGAUGAAUCAUGGAUAACUCGAGAGUUAAAUGACUGUGAAACAGUUGAGUCAGUAUUAUGUGGACAUAGUGAACGACUGGCAAUCGUUUUCAAUUUACUUCAACGGCCAAUACCAACCCGUAUUCAAAUUGUUCAAAAUCUACGUAUUUGUGGCGAUUGUCGUAAGUGGAAAAAUUAUUUGAUUUGAAGCGCCCGAUGCUAAUUCGAGCACGACCUGCAGUGAUUUUUAGAAAACCAUCGAUAUCUUUGUUUGACGACGUCUGUUUUAGGUCGUUAUUUUUGUUUCUCUCCGAUAGAGUCAUCGGCACUAUACAUUUAUGUUGAUUUCUUGUUAAAAAUGAAUCCGGUUUUAAUCAGUAAUCGCGAAUACAAAACCACGAAGCUGACUCUUUUUCUCGUGCUGUUGCUGGCCUUAUAAUUCUACUCCAUGUAGUUUUUCGGCUUAAUUCGAUCACCAGAUGGAAUUUGAUAGUAGUGCUCAGAAAAAACUUUGUUUUAGCAGAAAAAGUUUUUCAAACCGAAAAAAAAAUUAAUCACUCAAUCCGUCAAAUGAGAUCUUAUCAUUUCGCAUAGUUUUUUAAUCCAUAUUUGUGGUCAUUUUUAUUCUUUUUUAUUGGUCACUUCUGUAACGAAAAUAAGACGCUUGGCAUCAUUCGAACUCGAUCUUAGAACAAAAACUGUAGUACAGAUCAAGAACUAUCUGUGUAUAUGAUGUCGAAUAAUAUGGACGACAGAUAAAAGAAUUUUCAGGUAAACCCGAGAACACCCUUUUUGCAUUCAUUCAUCAAUUCAAUUUAUACAAAGAUAGAAAUACAAAUCAUGAAAUUCAUAUAGAACCAUAUUCAAGUUCAAUUUUCAAUUUCAUCACGUAAGAUUUAUUCUAAAUAGCAACACAAAUAUACGUCACAGUUCGUAACAAUUAUUUUAAGCGAUGAAAUGUGUUGAUUAAUAUUAUAACCACACGUACG